GAUUUGUAUGGCGGGUGUUGGGGCCGUGAAUGGCAGCUCCAUGACUGUUCCAGAGGCGCGGCUGCAAUUUCGAAGAUGUGAAAUGAAGAGCGACAAUUUUGAUGAUUAUUUUGCAGAAUUGCAAAAGCUAUCGAAUUAUUGUAAAUUUUCCGAUGCUAGUAAAGAGGAAAGGCUGGUUGAACAAAUUAUUCAUGGCAUAUCAGAUGACACUUUGAGAAGCAAACUGGUUUCGGAAGAUGAAAUACCUCUCACUGCAGUUCUCAAAGAAUGUCGAUUAUUUUAUUCACAGCAUUCAAAAACGAAUGGCAGUCAAGCUCAUGCAGAUGAUAAGGAAACUGAAUUGGGCUCUGAAAUUGAAACAGACCGAGAUACUUUGAAACAAAACUGUAACGGAAACUCUCCUCUUGAUAAUCUAUCAUCAGUUGUAAAUGAAUCAAUUCCAAGUGUUAAUGAAGUGAGAAAAAAGAGCAAUGGUAAUACGUCUAGAACAACUAGGUUAAAAGCUAUUUCCACCACGUCAAGUGAGAGCAAUACGAUAAAAGUAAUCCACACUGACACAGAUAAAGACGAAAUAGUUGAAACUCACGAACCCCUCACAGUAUUGGAAAGUAGCGACGUCGUUUGCAUAUCGUCUAAAACAAAUAGCUCGAAAACAGCCAAAGGAAUUAAAUCGAUGAGGCCGAGGUUAAAGCGUCUUGACAGCGAAGUUCUCGAGAAGUUCCAAACAGUUGAACCUAAAAAAGAAACAUUGCGAAAAACAAGUAAAUCAGAGCCAGACACAGAAAACACGACAUCCGAAGUAUCUAAGAAUACUGUGUCGCUAAAUGACAGUUUAGUCGGCACUACAAGCGACGAUGAAGUGCACAUGAACUUAUUGCAGGUGAAGAAAAAGCACCAGAAAGGGGAGUCGAAAGACUCAAAGUUAGUAAAAACAGUGAGUUUGGAUUCGGAUGAGUCAAUGCAAGAAGAUACCAACUCAAAGCCUGAGAGCAAAGAUCAGAGUGAAGAGGAAAACGAGGGUGAAAGUGAAGACAACUCUUCUGAAUCGACAGACGAGGAAGUGGAGGAAAUAAUGUCACCCGAAAGUGAUUCGGAUUCAGACUUCGAUUUGAAAUCCGAACCGAAUGUACGAAGAUCUAGACGCAUCAAAGAGGACAAAAAGGCGAAGGAAAAGAAGAAAAACAAGAAAAACAAAAAAGGAAGUAAGAGCAAAGAGAGAAAAUCUAAGAGAAAACGAGUUGUCGAUAAUUUAAACGUAUCCGAUGAGAUUUCAGACGAAGACGACAAUAAUGAUGACGAUAGUGUUAAUCCAGCAAAACAGAAGGCGAGUAAAAAGAAAAAAAGAAGAGUGGUUUUUGAUGACGACGAAUCAAAUACAGAAGAAACAACAGUGGAAUUAUCAUCAACAACAAACACCGAAACUGCCAAAGAAGAUGUAAAAGAUAGCAAACAGGUGGAGAAAAAUAAGAAAAAAGGUGAAGAUGACGAAGACGACGAAGACGGAAGUCCCGGAAAGUCGAAGCGCAAAAAUAUUAGACAGAUUCUUUCCACGAAAGACUUGGAAAAGGAUACGAGAAAAGCGAAUCUUGAGGAACGAGAGCGGAGAAAGAGAAUAGGCGAGAAAUCUAAGGACGGAAUGACGGAUUUCUACACACGAGAAAAGGACGGCCGAGUUGUGUAUACGCGAAUCUGUUUUGAAAAGAAAGGCGAAGAUGAUCUAGUGUGUAUGCACGAGGACUUGGCCAAUAAUUUGAAACCCCAUCAAGUUGAAGGUGUUCAGUUUCUAUGGGACUGUACUGUCGAAUCAUCGAGUAGAGCGAAAGAAACUAAAGGAAGUGGAGCUAUUCUAGCGCAUUGCAUGGGUUUGGGUAAAACACUCCAAGUGAUUUCAUUCAUACAUACUAUGCUCACCAAUGAGGUUUUGCCAUUCACAACUGCUCUGAUAAUUGUUCCGGCGAAUACAAUCCUAAAUUGGGUCAACGAGUUUGAAAUUUGGACGCCUGACGAGGAAGAGUUGGACGUUUAUGAAAUCAGUCAGCACAAAGACGACAAAACACGUGCCAGUGUGCUGAAGAACUGGCACGACAAAGGCGGAAUUAUGAUAAUAGGUUACAACAUGUUCAGAAUUUUUGUUAACCCCACUCGAAAGAAAGCGAAACGCUUUUUGCCAAAAGUAAAAGAAGCUUUGCUAGACCCGGGACCUGAUUUUGUAGUUUGCGACGAGGGUCAUUUGCUGAAAAACGACCAGACGGCUCUAUCAAAAGCAGUGUCUCAAAUAUCAACUCGCAGACGAAUAGUUCUAACAGGAACACCCUUGCAAAAUAACCUAGUUGAAUACCAUUGCAUGGUAAACUUUGUCAAGGAGAAUUUACUAGGUACCAAAAAUGAAUUCAGAAAUAGGUUCAUAAACCCCAUCAGUAAUGGACAACAAAAAGACGCUAGUAAUUUAGAUGUGAAAGUUAUGAAGAGGCGAUCACACGUUCUGCACGAAUUGCUAGCAGGUGCUGUACAAAGGAGAGAUUACUGCUAUAUAACAAAGUAUCUUCCUCCCAAAUACGAGUAUGUUUUGUCUGUGAGAUUGUCAGAGCGUCAAAUUAGAUUGUACAACAAAUAUUUGAAGUUGUUUUGUUUUGAGCAUUUCGAUAGCUCGGAAGACGGAAGCAGCACUGUUGACUCACUCGUCAUUCCGACAGAGCAUCAAGUUGUGAGACGCGAUGGAAGUCGCAGUCUGUUCAAAGAUUUCCAAAACCUGGCCAGAAUCUGGACGCAUCCGUACUGCUUGAAACUGGUUCCACCAAAGGACACUCCGGAUAACUCAGAGGAAGAAGAAGACUUCGUUUGCGAAGACAGCGAAGAGGACGAUAAAAAGCCAUCGAGGAAGGGAGAUAAAAGUACAGCUGAUGAAAUGAAGCCGAGCACGAGUCGUGGAAAGACGAGAGGGAAAAGGAGUGACAGCGAAGAAGAAUGUUCAGAGAAAGGCGACAAUGACGAUGAAGACGACGACGACGAAGACGAAAAUGACAAAGAGUCAAAAGAGGUGAUCAAAAAGUACAAGACGCAAACUGGACGUGGGUCUGGCAAACGAGUGCGUGAACUGUCCCCACCUCCGGAAGAUAACUUCUGGUUCUCGGAUAUCCUAAAGGAGGAGGACCAAUUCAACGUUGCUCUCAGUGGUAAACUGGUGCUGCUCUGUGAGAUCCUUAAAAGAGCGAGCGAGGUCAGCGAUAAAGUGCUGCUGUUCAGCCAGUCUCUGAUGUCUCUCACAUUGAUUGAAGACACUUUGGCUAUGAUCACGGAGGCCAAAAAGAACAACUGGCAGAUCGGAGAGACUGACUCGGAGGGUUUCAUGCGAACGGUGGAUGGCACUGAGGCGGGCGAGGGGGUUUGGGUUCCCAACAAAGACUACCUCAGAUUGGACGGUGGAUCAUCAGUACCUUUGCGCAAGAAAAUGUGUGACCAGUUCAAUGCCAAAAGCAACAAGCGUUGUAGACUUUUUCUCAUUUCAACCAAGGCAGGCUCCUUGGGAAUUAAUCUAUUUUCAGCUAACCGCUGCAUCAUUUUCGACGCUUCCUGGAACCCCAGCCACGAUAUCCAGUCAAUGUUCAGGUGCUACAGAUUUGGACAACUGAAACCUGUCUACGUGUACAGGUUCAUAGCCCAAGGAACCAUGGAGGAGAAGAUCUAUAAUAGACAGGUGACAAAAGAGUCUCUAAGUAUGAGGGUUGUGGAUGAGAGCCAAAUUGACAGACAUUUCAGCAAGGAUGAAUUGGAAGAUCUGUACCAAUUUGAACCUAAUUUGUACAAAGAAAGCGACACAUCCGUGCCGUCUUGUGCUGUGCCGAAAGAUGACCUCUUAGCCGAUUUACUACUGAAGCGAAAAGAUCUUCUUUAUAAAUACCACAUACAUGAUUCUUUACUGGAGCAUCAAGCCGACCAGAACCUGAGCGAGGAGGACAAAAAAGCGGCCUGGGAAGAGUAUGAAAAGGAAAGGGCUGGCGGACCCAAUCCAGCUCAAGUAAGGCAGCAACAAAUGCGUGAACAAAUGAUGACCGCCAACAUGCAGGCCCUGCAGCAGCAAUAUGCUCGCCAGCAACAUCACUCAUUGCAGGUUCAACAGCAGGCCCAAGACGGAAGAUACCUCGAAAAGGCAUGCCAGGAUAUGAUAAUUUGGGGAUCUUCGAUUGGACUUGAGCGUGCAACGAGAGAUUUUGCGGCAAGGUCCAUCCAGAGCUUCAUCAACGCCAUUCGAGGUUUAACGCCGACGAUAUCAUUUAAAGCUCUUGGAGAUAAAGUGUAUGAUUUGUUUCCCAACUACUACUUGGGGCUUCUAGGAAUUCGAAAUCCCAAAUUCGCAUCCAACGAGGAACUUCAGCAACCUGUAGGUGCAAGCGCAACUUCCAAUCAUGUGAAUCAAGGGUUCGGCGUCAACGAUGUGCAAAUGAACCCGGUCAGCAAUGACCAGACCAAAAAACCUGAAACCGUGACCUUAUCCACUUCGAACGAUUUGACUUCUGAAGGUCAAACCGGUUCAGGAACUGUGACAACGCCACGAACGACUGAAGACACGGAAACAACAGCUUCUUUUUCCGCCUCUAGUUAAACAACCGGCGAUUCUUAUUUUUUGCUCUAUAUAUCUUGUACCGACUAUAUUUUUGGUAUAGAUAUUAAUUUUAUUUAUUUUGCAGUGAUUUGAUGAUAGCUGAAUGAUAGUUGUGCAUAUUUAAUUUUACUCCUCACCCAGUUCCGAGUUUCCUACUUGAUGGUUUCUUCUAUGUAGUUUUCGAAUUACAUUCUGAUGAACGGUUAAUUAAUUUCAAUUGAUG